AGAGGCAGUUGGAUUGUUUAAGUCGAUGCGUUCGUAAUAAAACAAUAUAAAAUUGAAAUACUGACGCACAGAUUCGUUGGCGUUUGGUUAAAAUGAAUCAGAUUAUAAAAAUAGAGAUGGGCCUGCUGCUGAUCAUCUGUUGUGCUGCCACAUUAAAUCUAAUCUCGGCUGCUCCCCAGACAGACGCAGGUAAUCCCAGAGAAAAACUGAAACCAGACAUUCCGUUUAUCAAAUUAACAACAGCUCAAACAGCUCAGCAAGGGAAGCAAGUUGGCGGGAAUGUGAACACAAAUGCAACUUCUGCUGAUGCUGACAACUUAGAUUACGAUUAUCUUGAUGCAUUUGUUAACGAACCGUCAAAGGAGACUUAUUCCAAACGUCCGGAGAUUGUCGAUCAUGCGGAAGCGAAUCCAAAUGUGGACAACUCAUUGCCAGGAAAACAUCUUGAUAAGAAUGUGAACACAACCGCAACUUCUGCUGAGGCUGACAGCGUAGAUUUCGAUUUUCUAUCGGAAUUUUUCGACGAACCGUCAAAUGAGACUGAUUCCACACGUUCAGAGUUUGUUGAUUAUGGGACAACGAGGCAAACCGAUGCCGAUCUGACACAGACUGACAAGAAACUGAAGGAUGGGAAAUUGCCAACACUCGAUCUAACGGCAGAGAAAAAUCAGCUAAAGGCAGAAGUUGAAAAUAUAUUUCAACCAACUGCACAGCAAAGAAAUCAACUAUUCAGUGCUAUCGAUAACACAUUUCAAAGCAUUAUAAACCGAUUAUCCAAGCACAAUAACACAGACCUAACGGCACACCCUGUAGCUGAUCCCAAUGCCAAAGCUUGCGGCCAGCAAAGCGAAUGCGUUGAGCUCUGGAUGUGCAGAAAGAGUAUAAUCAAUAAUCAUGGAGCCUAUAGCAUACAAUUUCGAUCUGCGCGCAAUGAGGAACUGUGCAGUUACAAUGAAGUCUGCUGUCACAUAGCUGAUAAGAUACUGAGUCGCCCCCAAGAUGUACAGCCGAACAAGAUGGCAGAUUGCGGUGUACGGCAUGAGAAUGGCGUACAGCUGACCAUAGAGGAUCCAAGGCACAAUGAGGCCAAUUUCGGAGAAUUUCCCUGGAUGGUGGCCAUAUUGGUGAAUGAGGAUCCACUAUUAAUCUACAUAGGCGGCGGCUCCUUAAUUGCACCCAAUGUGGUACUAACAGCUGCCCAUAAGAUAACCAACAGGACGUUGGCCAACCUUAUCGUUCGAGCUGGUGAAUGGGAUCAGCGGACAACACGGGAAAUCUUUAAUCACCAAGAUCGCGCUCUUCGGCAAUAUAUCAUUCACCCGCAUUAUGAUGGUAGCUUCAGUAACAUUGCAUUGCUUCUGCUGCAGGCUCCCUUCGAUCCGAGUCCACACAUUUCACCCAUUUGCCUGCCCAAAGCCAGUGAGCGAUUUGAUAACACUCGAUGCAUUGUCACCGGCUGGGGCAAGAGCACCCACAACACCAAUGCCUAUCAACAUAUUCUGAAGGAAAUCACCGUGCCCGUACUGCCACGAGCCGAGUGCAUUGCCAAGCUGAGUAAAAUAUCUGAUUCAAAUUUAAUUUUUGAUCCGAGCUACAUUUGCGCUGGCGGCGAGAAAGGUAUCGAUGCCUGCCUUGGCGAUGGUGGUGCCCCGCUAGUCUGCCCCAUUCCAGGCCACCCCAGUCGCUACUAUCAGGCUGGCAUUGUGGCAUGGGGAAUAGGUUGCGGAUUGGAGAAUGUGCCCGCUGGCUAUACCAAUGUGCCAUACCUCAUGCCCUGGGUUAGUCGGGAGCUGGACAAGUUGAACAUCGAUAAGAAAUACUAUACACCCUAGACAGACAAACGAAACAUAUAUAUAUAUAAACUUAUAAAUAUUGUUAGUUAAUAGAUUGUAUUAUAUUGCACAUAUUGCAUAACUUAAAAAAAAAAACAGAAAUUCAAAUAAUUGUCUUUCCUAUUGUAGUCUUGGCCCAGCUAAA